GAUCGGACGGCCAAACAUAAGUUUGUAGGCAAGGCCCGCUAAGCCUCUGAGAUUUCAUUGCUAAAAUCCUGUGUCUUUGUUUGUCAUUAUAGCUCAAUGUUCAUGGCCAUGUCCACCCAAUUAUGUCCAAAUCCUGUAAUCCCCUAUGCUAAUUCUUCAACCUCUCAUCUAAAUCGAACCACAAUUUCGAUUAUUGAUUUGGGGAAACGGCGCCUAACGAGAUUGUCAGUUCAAUGCUCUGAGAAACAAACACAGAAUCUCCGCACUUGCAAGAAUUGCAAGGCCCAGUUCAAUCCUUUGCUCAAUCACCCUCGUGCUUGCCGUUACCACACUGCUCAUUUUGGAGGAGAAACAAGGAGGAAGUUUGAGAGUGUUUAUUCGGGUGGCACCAUGGACACCCCUGAUGGUGGUAAAGUUUUUCAAUACUGGCAUUGCUGUGGGUCUGAAGACCCUUUUGACGUUGGUUGCACAGCUGCACCUCAUGCUUCUUAUGAUGAUUGAUAGAAAAUGUUUUCCAA